AUGGUGCUCGUGCGCCGCAAGGACAACCGGAAGGGCAAUGAGACGGACAACCUCGACGUCAUCUCGUCCAACAAGGGCGUGCGCUCCAUGAACAACAACAUGACUGGGCGGUUCGCCGCCGACAUGCGCGUCCGCGUCGGCGGCUACGGGCGCCCGGACCAGACCUGGGGCGUCGACCAUCCUUGGCACAAGACGGGCGAAGCCGAUCUCUUCCAGAUGAUUAGCGCCAAAGAUAAGAUGGAAGAUGGCGUUCUUCUCAAGGAGCAGCCCAAGCCCGAAGCGAAGGGCCUCAGCCGCGCGCCACCGCCGCCGCCGCCGACGACGACGCAUAUCGAGGUCGAUGACCAGGAAGAGAAGGCGGCGCCCACGAAGAAGAAGUCGCUCUUUGACGACAGCGACGACGAGGACGAAGCGCCCAAGCCAGUUGCGAAGAAGACCAAGAUCGAGCCCAAGAAGCCGGAACUGAAGAAGAAGGCGGUCAAGAAGGACGACAACCUCAACAAGCGUGAGAAGAAGAAGGCGGAGCUCGAGAAGCAGGCUGCUCGGGAAGACCUCAAGAUGCUCGUCACGGAGGCGCCCAAGUCGUUUGUCGAGCCGCUUGAUGUGCGGGAGGCUCUCGCGGCCGAGUACGAAGCUAAGAUCGGUGCAGAGAUUGCAACGCCGAGUGGCAUCACGCUCCGCGACCUGUCGAUUGGCCGUGGGAAGCUCCCGAUGCCGGGGCAGAUGCUCACGGUGCGGUACCGCGGCUGCAUUGGCAGCAAGGGCGGCGCGAUCUUCGGCAAAGGCAUGCUCACCAUGAAGUUUGGCGAAGGCGCGGUCAUUGCUGGCUGGGAAGAAGGCAUGGCCACGAUGCGUGCGAGCGGCAAGCGCCUCUUGACGAUCCCGCCCGAGCUCGCGUACGGCGCGGCCGGCAAGGGCGACAAGAUCCCGCCCAACUCGACGCUCUUCUUCGACGUCGAGCUCGUCCGCAUCGGCCUGCGCCAGCGCGAUGCAAUCACCGAGACGGACGUGCCGCUCCCCAAGUCCUUUGUGCGCAAGCGCGUUGAGAAGAAGGCCAAGGACGAAGCGGAGAAGACGCCGGCGCCGACCGACGCCAACAAGAAGAAGAAGCCCAAGCGCAUCAAGUAUUAG